AUGGAGCAACAAAGACUGUUUGGCCUUGGUAUUGGUGAAGGAAAAGAUAACAAUAAGCUGGUGCAAGUUUGGAAACCUAUACAAGAUGAUGGUCGUGGAGGAGGAGGAGGCGGUGUUACAGGUGGAGGAGGAGGUGGUGACGAAGGUGGAGGGGGAGGUGGUGGCGAAGGUGUGACAAAUGGAGGGGGAGGUGAUGGUGGAGGGGGAGGAGGUGGCGAGUCAGGAGGAAAUAAUGGUGGUGAUUCUAAAGGUGGUAAUAAUGUUGGUGAUUCUAUAGGUGGUAAUAAUGGUGAUGAGAUUGGAGGUGACAAUGGAGGUAAUGUUGUUGGCGGCAUAACUGGUGGUAAGUCAGGAGAUAAUGGUGGUGCUUCUACUGGAGGAGAUAAUGGUGGUGAGACUGGAGGUAACAAUGGAGGUAAUGUUAAGGGUGGAAAUAAUGGUGGUGAGAUAGGAGAUAACGAUGGUGGUGAGUCAAGAGGUGAUAAUGGAGGUAAUGUUGCUGGCGGCAGAACUGGUGGUAAGUCAGGAGAUAAUGGUGGUGCUUCUACAGGAGGAGAUAAUGGUGGUAAGACUGGAGGUAACAAUGGAGGUAAUGUUAAGGGUGGAAAUAAUGGUGGUGAGAUAGGAGAUAACGAUGGUGGUGAGUCAGGAGGUGAUAAUGGUGGUGAGUCUAUAGGUGGUAAUAAUGGUGGUGAGAUAGGAGGUGAUAACGGAGGCAACAAUGAUGGUGUGAUAGGAGGUAACAAUGGUGGUAAAUCAGAAGGUGACUUUAAGGGUGGAAAAAGUGGUGGAGAGACAGGAGGUGGCAAUGGAGCUAACGUUGAAGGUGGGAAUAAUGGUGGUGAGUUAGGAGGUAAAGAUGGUGAUAAGUCAGGAGGUAAUGGUGACUCUAUAGGUGGUAAUAAUGGUGGUGAGACCGAAGGUGACAACGGAGGUAUCGCUGAAGGUGGUAACAGUGGUGGUGAGUCAGGAGGUGAUAAUGGUGGUGACUCUAGAGGUGACAAUAAUGGUGGCAAGAAAGAAGGUGACAAUGGUGGUGUAAUGGGAGGUAACAAUGGUGGAAACUCAGGAGGUGACUCUAAGGGUGAGAAAAAUGGUGGAGAGAUAGGAGGUGAUAAUGGAGGUAAUGUUGAGGGCGAUAUUACUGGUGGUGAAAUAGGAGGAAACAAUGGUGGAGGUAACAAUGGUGAUAAGUCAGGAGGUGACCCUAAGGGUGAAAAAAGUGGUGGGGAGAUGGGAGGUAACAUUGAGGGUGAUAAUAAUGGUGGUGAGAUAGGAAGUAAAGAUGGUGAUAAGUCAGGAGGUAAUGGAAACAACGUUGAAGGUGACAAUAAUGGGGGUGGGAUUGGAG